AUGGUUACCAACCUUCUUUCUUUCUUUUUAUUCCUUCAUUCUUUUUUUCUUUCUUUUUUUGUGUCUGUCCGUUUGUCGACAUUUCUGUUUUUUUCUUCUUCCAACCUUAUUUAUACUUACUUCCUUUCGUCCUCCCUUCCUUCCUUCCUUCUCCCUUUCCUCCUUCCUUCCUUCCCUCCUCCCUUCCCUCCUUCCUUCCUUCCUUCCUUCCUCCCUUCCUCCUUCCUUCCUUUCUCCCUUCCUUCCUCCCUUCCUCCCUUCCCUCCUCCCUUCCUCACUUCCUUCCUUUCUCCCUUCCUUCCUUCCUCCCUUCUUUCUUUCCUCCCUUUUUCCUCCUUCCUUCCUUUUUUUGAGGAAUUCCUCUUUAAACAGUCCUUAAAAAAAAUUAAACCCUCCUUCCUCCCUUCCUCCUUCCUCUUUUAUUCCUCAACUUUUCUUCCUUCCUUCCUUCCUCCCAUCCUUCCUCCCUUCCUCCUUCUUUCCCUCCUUCCUCCCUCCCUUCCUUCCUUCCUUCCUCCUUCCUUCCUUUCUUUCUGUAUGCAUGUGUUUUUUUCAUUUUUCCCAACAAACUUUUCAUUUUCUUUUUCUUUCUUCAUUUAUUUUCUUCUCUUUCUCUCUUUUACUUUAUUUUCUUUCUUUCUUUUUCUUUCAUUCUUUCUUUCCUUCUUUCUUUUCAUUCUUUCUUUCUUUCUUUCUUUCUUUUCUUUCUUUUCUUUCUUUUCUUUCUUUAAAUCAUUGUUUCUUUCUUUCUUUCUUUUCUUUCUUUUCUUUCUUUAA